CACAAUUGUGCCUGCGCCUCUUCUUCCGCCGACUUGCCCAUCUCACUACACAUUCUACCGCCUCUAUCUGUACAUUCAGUUCAUUAAACAACUCAUACUGACUGACACGCAUCUCCGUCCAAUCUGCCGAACCCCGCCCUGUCCCAUCCUUCAACUGGUGGACUCGCCGGCGCAUAAACGAGAAGCCCUUAGCCCCAGCUCUAGGAACUCGUCAAGUCCAUUCAGUCAUCGACUUGACCGCCGCCGCCUCCGCGUGCCCCGCGCCACACGGCAACCAAGCAAGUAAAACUACCCUAACUAAAGGCAACCAGACUUGGGCUUCUUCUGUUCCCUCAUCCCCUGAAGCCGAAUACGUGUAUCCAGUUGGAUGAGCUGUACACAUUUGCACACACACACGCACACACACAUACACAUAAACACGCAUCUCAUACGUUGCCUGUCAAUGACGGCCGUUGCGAACGACUCGUCCGUCUGACACUACUUGUUUCUUCCGUCUUCCUUGCCAACUGUUCACCGCAUUCUCUUCGUCAUCGGCAAAGCUCACUCAGCCUUGCUUGCUCGUGACACCGACGACAUCCCACCUCUCCCUCACUCCGCAGCGUCUCCCUCCAACAUAGUUCAGACCCAUCUACCAAAGUGUCCUACUGUGUAUAGGUCCACCGCUUUCGGCUCUCCAGUUCUCCGUCUCUUAUGCUGUAGACCUCGCCUCUUUUUCUUUCGACCGUCCGGGGAGCCAUUUAUCGCAUCUCGUGCCCAAUUUGUAAUACCACCACGGGUUACCACAACCGCAGUGAGGCACCAGAUCAGCACUCUUCAGCAUCCGUCACUGGUUAAGACAGUCAGUCACUAUCGCCAGUCGGCAACCAAGAUUCGGACUAUUCGACCCGUGUUUCAGCGCCCAAGCCCGCCGUCUGGGAUCCGCAACCUCUUGCCAGCGACUCACCGGAACACUUCCGAUUUCCAGCGGCCUUCACAACAGCUCCGCAGCGCCCGACCCCAGAGGUUUGGGGAAGGAGAAAGAAGAGAGGAAGACGGGGAAAAAAAGACCUCCCAGCAGGACAGCUUUCACACGUUUUCCCGCCCGCAAUUGUUCUACAUUUCGGACGUUCACCACGUGCUCAGCCUCCUCACCCUUCACAAUGAGUAGGCUCGGCUCAUGGUUCCGGUCGUCGGCCAAGGCGAGCAGCAAUGCGAGCCCGGCCUCGUCGUCGCUCAACCUCUCCUCCAAGGAGCUGUCUGCCAAGGAAAUGGCCGAUAUUGAGGACGCCAUGACGGCCGCCGCCUUCAUCAUGAACGACGACAUUGACGGCGCUGAGGAGCGUCUGCGGAAGGGCGACUCGGCCUUCCACCAGCUGGGCAUGUCGAUGACGACGUUUCUCCGCUCCGUCCUCGGCUUCGAGAAGGAGGUCAUGAAUGAGGCCUCGAAACGGCUGGCCGAGACCGAGGCCAAGGCGUGGGCAGACUACAAAAAGGCCGAGCGCGAGGGGCACGCCUCGAGCAGCAGGAUCUACCCACCCGGCACCGAAUUCCUUCUCAUCCACGCCGAGUCUCAGCUUAUGGCCGCCGUCGUCGCCGUCCUCCAUGAGAGCCUGACCGAAGCCCUCAAGGGCUUCUACAAGCUGCGCAAGGCCUUCGUCACCCUGGACGGCAUCAUGCUGCAGGAGGCCAAGGCAUUGGAGAAGGACAAGGCAAAGGCCGACCCGCCGCCGCUGCGGCAGCUCAUGAGCGACGGCAAGAUGCCCGGCAGCUUCGACGACCAAGAAUUCGCCAGCCUGGACCGUAACGACGACAGCGACCUCGAGUUCGUCGACGCCAGCGAGGUCGCCCCCAAGUCCGGGUCUGAGACGCCGGCGGAGAAGAAGCCGAACGGGCCGGCUGCAUCCGAGGCCCUCCCGAUCCAGGAGCUGGCCGCACUCGACAUGAACUCAGGCACGUCGACGCCCUCUUCGGGCGACGCGAAGCUCGCACCCUUGCAGGUUUCGUCGCAAAUGGCGGACGACUCGGACACCGAAUCCGGCGUCUUCUCCAACCCCGUAGACGCCUUCAUUCACAGUGGCGCCAACAUGUGCUUCGGCAUGCUCCUCUUCAUGCUCAGCAUGGUGCCGCCCGCCUUUUCCCGCCUCCUGUACGUCGUCGGCUUCCGUGGUGACCGCGACCGCGGCGUGCGCAUGCUGUGGAAGAGCACACAGUUCGACAACCUCAAUGGCGCCGUGUCGGGCCUGAUCCUCCUCGGGUACUACAACGGCCUCAUGGGCCAGGCGGACAUCACGCCCGCCGAGCGGGACUUUGACGCCGACGCCGAGAUGGUCGGGUACCCAGCCGCCAAGUGCGAGGCGCUGCUGGCGUCGAUGCGGACGCGGUACCCGGACUCGCGCCUGUGGCGCGUCGAGGAGUCGCGCGUUAUGGCGCAGCAGCGCCGGCUCGCCGACGCCAUUCAGCUUCUCACGACGGGUGAAGAGUCCAAGAUGCGCCAGGUGACGGCACUCAAUUGCUUCGAGCUGGCGCUCGCCGCCAUGUCGCACCAGGACUGGGAGCUGAUGCAGAAGACGUUUCUGCGCUGCCUCGAGCUCAACGACUGGAGCCACACGCUAUACUACUACAUGGCGGGCUGCGCAGAGCUUGAGCUCUACCGCGACGCCUUCCACGCCGAGAAGAAGGAUGAGGAGGAGAUGCGGCGGCGCAAGAAGAAGGCCGAGGAGCUAUUCCGCAAGGCGCCGACCGUUGCCGGGCGCAAGAAAUUCAUGGCGCGCCAGCUGCCGUUCGACACCUUCAUCACGCGCAAGGUCCAGAAGUGGGAGGACCGCGCCAAGGAGCUCAAGGUCGACCUGGCCGAUGCCGUCGCCGUCAGCCCCGCCCAGGAGAUGGUCAACCUGUGGAACGGCACCAAGCGGAUGAAUGACGACGAGCUGCACCUGUCGGUCAAGAGCCUGGAGUGGGAGCGCUGCACCCUGCCGGCCGAGGCGUUGGCGAAGGUCAAGGCGACCCCCGACGAGUCCUCCAUCCGGUCCAUUUGCCUGGCGGCCGUCUACAGGACACUGGGACGGUUCGAGGACGCGAGGACGAUUCUUCAGACUGAGGUCUUGAACGCGGAUAGGGCGGCAUUCAAGGGCCCUACCAAGGACGAGUACCCGUUGCCCAUGGCACACUACGAAAUGGCAGCUGUGGCCUGGUUCGAGGCGUGCCAGCCGGAGAAGCGCGCCGCGGCGGCUGACGAGCCGGCGGAUGCCGAGGGCCAGGCCAAGGCCAUGGCGGCCUACCGCAAGACAAAGACGGACGAGUGCCAGGAGUGGCUCGACAAGGUCGUCGCAUGGGAGGCUUUCGUCUUUGACGCAAGGCUGGGCAUGCGCGUGCAAGCGGCGCUGGAGACGCUCAAGUGGUUCAAGAACAAGAACAACUGGUCAUAGAUGGCAUCGCCCCAGCCUCUCUCCUUUUGGGGCUGGGGGUGGAGGGGUACAGGUUUGUUUGACUUCCUUUUCUGUUUCCGCUUUUCACUCUUGGGUUAGGAUACGCAGCAAAAGAAGCCGGAGUAGCUCUUGGACUGAGGCGCAAUUUGGAUCUCGGUCUCGCGUCUGCGUAUUGGAUUGAUGAGAGCGGGUGAAGAUAUUCGUCGGUAUAUAUUUUAUACACAUGCUUAGACGCCCGUUCUCGCUGUGUAUAUGGGCGCGGGGGUUUUAAUCCCCAAGAACACAUUACAAGCAACUGUUCCAACACUAGAACAAGCAUUCUAUUCGCAACAUAAAGAGAGAGGAGACGCUGACC